AUGAGUUUACCUGCUCCAACAUCACCAAAUUUGCAUCGUUCUCAUUCUGAUCGUGAUCUUAUAACAAAUGAACGUCGUUUAAGUCGACCACGUUUAACAAGUUCAUCAUCAUCAAAUAUUCCAUUACAAAUAACAAUAACAUCAUCUAUACCAUCAAAUUCUUCAGUACCAACUUCACCACUUUUAUUACCAUGGGAUCGUCUACAAAAAUGGUUAUAUGGUAUAGCUGUUGUUACAUUUGAUCUUGAAUUAGGACAAUCAAUAGAACUUCUAUUACCAAAUCAUUGUAAAUUAUCUGAUAAAGAAAAAUUAAAUUUAUCAUAUUUAUCAUUUCCGGAUGCUAAUUCAGCAUUUCUUGGUGAUAUACAAUAUCAUUUUCGUAUACGUCAUGAAUCAAAUUUACCAACAUAUUAUCAAUAUUAUAAUUCAAUUGUUCCACCAGCAUUACAAGUUGAUAAUAAUUCAUUAUUUGGUUAUGUACAUUUUCGCCAAAUACGUGAUAAAACAGUAAAACGUGGUUAUUUUCAAAAAUCACUUGUACUUUUAUCCAAAUUACCAUUUAUAUCAUUAUUUCUAUCAAUUGUUAGUCAACUUGGUCCAAAUUAUUUUCAAUAUGGUUUAACAAGUUUAGAAACAUGUUGUCAUUUAAUGGAUCGUCAAUGGCCUGAACCAGAACCAGGCAAAACAUUAUUAUUACCUUUAUUAGGUAAUGUUCUUCAAGUACGUAUUCCAACACAUGGCGAUAAACCAUUUUCAUCAUCAGAUCUGAUACAAUUUCGUUCAAUUGUUAAUGAAUCUAUAACAGCAACUGCUCAUUCAAAUAAUAGUAAUUCAAUUAAAUUGCCUCUUGAUGAUGAUACAGAUAUUGAUGCAAUAUCAACAAAUAAUUCUCCAAAUAAACAACAACAACAAAUUUCAACUACUAGUAAAAUUUAUUCAUAUACAUCAUUUGAAUUUUUACAAAAACAUGAACAACAAUUACCACGUUUAAUUCCAUUUGUACAUGAUGUUAAUACUUAUCAAUCGUUAUUUUCUGUUUUAACACAUAUUCAACUUUUAUGGGAAUUAAUUUUAUUAAAUGAACCAAUUGCUAUUUUUGGAAGUUUUCCUACAUAUUGCUCACAAACUGUUCAAGCACUUGUUCAUAUAAUAUGGCCAUUACGAUAUGCAUCAGAUUACCGUCCAUUUUUUACCAUCCAUAAUAGUGAAUUUCAAGAGAUAACAUUUAAUUCAUCAAAAAAAUCUUCAAAUAAAACUUCAUUGUCAUUAUCUAAAAUGCCAGCACCACCAUCUUUAAUCAUCGGUGUAACAAAUCCAUUUUUUGCUAAACUUCUUCAUGAAUGGCCACAUAUCAUUCGUGUUAAUGAUAAUCAAGAAGAACGAUCUAAAAAUAAACAAAAUGAAAAUUUUUUUUUUGUAGAACAUGAUGAAGAUGAUUUAACAAUAAAUGAACUUGAAGAUAAUACAGAUUUAUCAUCAUCUCCACAACCAACAACAAUAACAACAAAACAAACAUCAAUAAAAAAGUUUUCAACUAAUAUAAAACCUUAUAAACAUGCACGUACAAUAAAUAAUAAUUCAUCACAUUUAACAUUCGAUAUAAAACCUGGUUUAUAUACAAAAUAUAAACCAUAUUUACAACGCGAUAAAACUAUAUUAAAAAAACUUCAAUCAACCAAUUCUCAACAACGUCCAGAUACAGUACAAAACGCUUUAAUACGUCGAUUUUUUCUUGAAUUAACUCAAAGUUUUAUUAUACCACUUGAACGUUAUUUUGUUAGUCUUUUACCAUUACGUAAAUAUUACCAAGUUAAUCGUAAACCACCAAUAAUAAAAGAAUUUGAUAAUGAAGAAUUUCUUAAAACACUUGAUCAAUAUGGACCACAAUUAACAUCAGGUUUAAAAGGUGAUUGGAAAGACUUAUAUAAGCAUUUUUUAUCAACACCAAAUUUUCGUCUUUGGUUAUCAAAUCGACGACAUGAAGCUAAUUCAAAAAUUUUUUCAUUAUAUAUUGAAACAAUAGCUGAUUGUCGUCUUGAACAAGAUUUCAAAAUUUCAAAAUUAACUGAAAUCGAAUUAGUUGAUAUAUUAUUAGGAUUGAAUGAUUUGAUUCAACGUUUAGAAUCAAAAACUGAUGAAUUAUUAUUAACAAUUGAUCAAACAAUUAAAAAUGAAUAUAUUGAAAAAUUAAAAUUAAAAAUAAAAACAAUUAUUGAAGAAAAAUUAUCUGAUGAUAUGAAAUUAUUAUUUCAUAAACAAGUUAAAAUAUCAUUAUCAUAA